UGAUAAUUGAGGAAAUAGCUAAUAAUAAAAAGAAAUAAAAUAUUUCUUGGAUUGAAAAAUAUUGACUAUCUACUUUGGAUGAAGUAAUAUCUCAUGAAUAGAUAGUAUAAACAAGUAAGAAUUACCUUAAUUUAAGUAAAAAAAUUUAAUGAAAAAAAUGGGUUACAAAAUCUCUUAUUUUAUGGUCCACCAGGUACAGGAAAGACUUCAACAAUAAUUGCAUUGGCAAAAUAAAUUUAUUAGAAUAAUUACAAUUAAAUGGCAUUAGAAAUAUUGAGAGCAAAGAAUAUAAAUAGCGAAAUGCAUCAGAUGAAAGAGGUAUAAAUACUGUAAGAGAAACAAUAAAAAUAUUUAUAGUGUUUGAAUCAUUUACAUUGACAAAAGAUAAAAAUAAAUCUAUAAAAUUAGUGAUUUUAGAUAAAGC